AUGCAAGUGCCGGUUCUCGGCUGCACUUUCCUCACGCUGUCAGAUCGUGAGGAAAAUACUGCCGAGAACCGGCAGUUGUCAGAGCGGGGAUCGGCACCGAUCAUCAGGGCACUGAUGAUCAGUGCCCUGAUGAUCGGUGCCCAGCAAUGCCACGCGCAAGUUCCGCCCACCUGUGCCCAGCAAUCACCCACCUGUGCCCAGCAGUGCACCCACCUGUGCCCAGCAGUGCACCCACCUGUGCCACUCUGCAGUGUCACACACCUGUGCCCAGAAGUGCCACCUACCUGUGCCCAGAAGUGCCACCCACCUGUGCCCACCCACCUGUGCCACCCACCUGUGCCC